AUGAGGACAGAUGAUAUGAUUGAACGUCAAUCUUCUCAACAAUUCAUAAGAAAUGCUCAACCCAUUAAACAAUCACCUAGGUGUAUUCCAUUACAUUACAGGAAAGAAGCUUUCGAAUUAUUAAAAGACAUGAAGAGUCAAGAAGGAUUAAUAGGAAAAAUUUGUGAAGUUUAUAUUGAUGACAUCAUCGUUCGUAGUAAAACUUUCUCAGAGCACCUCGAACAUUUAGAAAUCAUAUUUGAUAGACUUCUUCAAGCAGGCCUAAAGAUCAAUACUAAAAAAUGUGUAUUCUUCCAACACAAAGUUCCAUUUUUAGGUCAAGUAAUUUUCGGAGAUAAAAUCGAAUGCGACCCAAAGAAAGUUGAAACAAUCACCAAUUGGCCUAUUCCGAAAAAUAAAACCGAUCUUCGAGGUUUCUUAGGACUCUGCUCGUACUAUAGGAGAUUUAUAAAAAAUUUUUCCCUAAUCGCUAAGGAUCUUCAUAAAUUAACUGAGGAGAAAAUACAAUUUAUUUGGGAUGAUAUAGCUCAUCAAGCCUUUGAAAACUUAAAGAAAGCUUUAAGUACUGCCCCUGUUCUAACACCUCCGGAUCCGAACCUUCCUUUCAUUCUAGAUACUGACGCUUCCUAUUUCCGAUUAGGUGCAGUUUUGUCUCAAGUUCAUCGAAUUAAAACUCCUGAUGGUAAAGAACAAGAAGUUGAAAAAGUAGUAGCUUACUAUAACAAAAUAUUAAACAAAGUGGAAAGAACUAUUGUGUAA